AUGGAGGUCUUUCCUAGCGUGGAAGACUUCGUGCGGAAAAAGGAGGAAAUCGAGCGACAGACUUCAACGCAUUACAUCUAUUACGGCCAGAAGAAGGAGUUUGGGGAGAAGGAUGUUCAGCCUUCAGCUCAAAAAAGGAUUGUGUGGGAAUUAAAGAGCGUCCCGUUCAACGGCAUACCCUUCCAGGUGGUGGGGACCAAAGUCUUUGAAUGCCACCAAGGCAAAGACAGAAAUACAGGCAUCAAAGCAAAGUAUGCUGCCGAUAAAAACAAGAAGGAGCUUGAGGGCCAUACUUUCACAUCGAGGAGGAAACGCCAGCAAGACACCAAGAAACUCGACUGCCCCGCUCUGAUCAAUGUCGCACAAAUCAUCUGUUUUCCUGGUUUUAAGAUCAACGAAAACAAGGAGCGGCUGAGGAGGGAGCACUCCAAAGCUUUGAGAUCGGCGCUGGAGAAGGACCCGCCGUCAGUGCAAGCGGAAGUUCUGUUCUGUGCCCGGUUUCCUGCGCUCACCGAGCAUCGCUCGCAUUCCUUUGAAAAGGAGGAGACGGUCUUGCCGCACAGGAAGAAGAUGAAGAAGAUCGUGCUGAGGAGAGAAUGCGAGACUCUGCUGCGGGAAAUGGCAGACCUGACGUACUGUGUGCAGAAUGAAGUCUACCUCGAGGGGCUGAAAAAAACCCUGGAAAACCUCAAGGACGAGAUCAAAGCGCAAGCACCUGAAGACGCGGGCCCGAUGCUUGCCUCGUCACCCAAAAAGAGAAACGGGGGUGAGAUUGCGGCUGAUCUAAUGAACAAAACACCCAGGAUGCACCCAUUUUCAAGGAAGGUGGGGCAACAUGCAGAGAACAGGGAUGAGCCUGGAUGUAAAGUACUCCCAGCCCCCGUUACCAAAACAGCAAAAUCACAGGCCAAAAUUACUACAUGCACCAGUCCCAGUUUUCCAUUUACAAAUCAAACUCUUUAAUGUGCAGUAUGUGACUUGUACAGUAUGUGAAUUGUAAAUAUCCCUUAAUUAUGACUGUCAUAUAUAGUUCUGAUAAAAAAUAAUAAUAAAGGGUUUCCGGUUCCGCCACCGAAAGAAUGGCCGCCUAAUUUCCGAGCUCCCCGACGGUUUUGAGAAAUAACCCCAAAAACCUUUAGUUCUGUUAACCCUUGUGACGUUUUUGUCGGAACAAUGAAGAAAAGGGGUGGCGAUACUAGACGUACGGGAAAACGAUGGAAAACGAUCCCGAAGUGAGACGAGGCAGCCGAAGUAGCUCCCCAAACUCAUCUCCGCCACAUGGCGAAGGCGGCCCCGAAGUCGGCCUGCGGUGUGUUCUCAACCUACUCCGGGAGUUCAGAAGAGGCAACGAGGCGGCACAGCUCUCCGACAUUAAACAAGAACUCAAGAGGACGAACGACAGACUGGACGAGGCAGAAUGGUCUAGGGCAGUGGUUCUCAACCUUUUUGGGGUCCUGGACCCCCUGCGUAUUUUUGAUCUACCCUGAGGACCCCUCCACCUGAUCUUGGGGGAGGGGGGUUGCAAUUUGAUAGAAACAGUAGAAACUGCAUUUUAAAUUGCAUUAUAGCAUUUAUUCACUCUUUGGGGCAAAAAUAAGAGCUUUCAGUUGUAACUUAGAUAUAGUUAACAAAACAGAAUUCUUAUGCAGUAAC